AAAAAAAAAAAAAAAAAAUCUGGGAACAGGAGCGGAUGGGCUGAGCAGCACUUGGGAAACCGCGCGGACUUUCUGCUAGGACUCGGGCCCUACGUCUGCUCAGCCCCGUGGCUCCGCGCACCUACCAUCAUGGAGCUGCGGCCUCGUCUCGGAGCCACCUGUUUGCUGGGCUUCAGUUUCCUGCUCCUCGUCACCUCUUCUGAUGGACAUAAUGGGCUUGGAAAGGGUUUUGGAGAUCACAUUCAUUGGAGGACACUAGAAGAUGGGAAGAAAGAAGCAGCUGCCAGUGGAUUACCCCUGAUGGUGAUUAUCCAUAAGUCCUGGUGUGGAGCUUGCAAAGCUUUAAAGCCCAAAUUUGCAGAAUCUACAGAAAUUUCAGAACUUUCCCAUAAUUUUGUUAUGGUAAAUCUUGAGGAUGAAGAAGAACCCAAAGAUGAAGAUUUCAGCCCUGAUGGGGGUUAUAUUCCACGAAUCCUGUUCCUGGAUCCCAGUGGCAAGGUGCGUCCUGAAAUCAUCAAUGAGAAUGGAAACCCCAGCUACAAGUAUUUCUACACCAGUGCUGAGCAAGAAACUGAGAAAGUGAAUGACUUUAAUGAAUGGGUAACAAAUUCUUCCACAAGGGUUGCCUCAGAGGAGCUAAUUUCCUGGAAGAACGUCGACACAGAGAUGGCUUCAGUGACUGAUGGUAAAGCCGGAGUCAAAGAUGCUUCUGACCAGAAUUUUGACUACAUGUUCAAACUGCUCAUCAUCGGCAACAGCAGUGUUGGCAAAACAUCCUUCCUCUUCCGCUAUGCUGACGACACCUUCACCCCAGCCUUCGUCAGCACCGUGGGUAUUGACUUUAAGGUGAAGACAGUCUACUGCCACGAGAAGCGAGUGAAGCUGCAGAUUUGGGACACGGCUGGACAGGAGCGGUACCGGACCAUCACCACAGCCUAUUACCGUGGAGCCAUGGGCUUCAUCCUGAUGUAUGACGUCACCAAUGAGGAAUCCUUCAAUGCUGUCCAAGACUGGGCUACUCAGAUCAAGACCUACUCCUGGGACAAUGCACAGGUCAUCCUGGUGGGGAACAAGUGUGACAUGGAGGAAGAGAGGGUUGUUCCCACCGAGAAGGGCCGGCUCCUCGCAGAGCAGCUGGGGUUUGACUUCUUUGAAGCCAGCGCCAAGGAGAACAUCAGCGUGAGGCAGGCCUUCGAGUGUCUGGUGGAUGCCAUUUGCGACAAGAUGUCUGAUACGCUGGACACAGACCCCUCCUUGCUGGGCACCUCCAAGAACACCCGUCUCUCAGACACCCCGCCACUGCUGCAGCAGAGCUGCUCAUGCUAGGCAAGGCCCACUGUCCUGAUCUCCCUUCAUUGUGGCACCGCACCCACUUUGCUUCUCCGUUAUACUCUGUCUUCCCUCAGCUGAUUUGCUGCUGUUCCUUGCCUGCAGUGAAAGUGGAAGCAUGCCCCUGGGGUUCUCUAUGGAUGGCCCCACUCACAGACACUCAGCACUAGACUAACUAGGUCGUAAUGUGGGCAGAGGUUCAUUUUACAAAAGGAGAAUCCACUUUAUGAAGGGAAUUCACUACAGGGACUUGGAAAAGCGAGUCUCUUUCCUGCCUUUAAAAUAAGAUUUCCUCCCUUGACCAAAAUUUGACACACCCACGCACACUUUUCAGGGCCUGGCCAACUGUGUAAAGUGAGACACACCUGCAUAGCUAAUCCUUUUGAAAAAGACCUCUCCAUACACAACCUGCUUGUUUCAUAUCAGGCUCCCUGUGGGGAUUCCUCUCACCACUAGACAAGCCUUGUUUCUCAAAGCCCUCGCCUGUUACCACGGAUGCCCACAGGGCCUGGGCAGUUGCUGUGGUGACAGGCCAGAGCUAAUCUCCAGAAAGCUCAGCCUCUCUAAAUGAUGCUGAAGGAGCAAAGGCUGAGUCAGAAACACACUUAAAAGAAAAAGAUUAUCCCCUGCAAAAUGUCAAAGGUUCCUGCUAUAUGAAAGAGCAAGUGCAUGAGCUCAAGAAAGACAAAGAGAGAAAAAGAGAAACACAGGCAAGAUAAACAGGUCACGAAUUUCUGAUUUUGCUGCUUUCCAGUAGGUUCUUAACUGUGGAACUCCAUGACAUUGGUCAUUGGUUCUUAGACUCCCAGAAUCUGAAAAAUUUAUAGUUGGUGGAAUCCCAAAUUUUACCAAGUCUCACUAGUCAAUUCCAAUCUUCAUGUCUCUGACAAUUGGCUGUCAAGCCUCACAGCCAAAUCUCUUCUAAAGCAUACCUUCUAGGCAGGGAUGGGAGCUCAGUUUCCACACCAUCUUUGGCCAUCUCUCAUAAUCAGAACGUCUUCCUUGCUUUAAGCUGAAAUCUGCCUCCUGGAAAUUCUUCUUCCUCUUCCCACUCCAUUUGUACCAGCUCUGCUGUCAGAGACUUCACAGUCUCUGCUCCCUCUGCCCCGUGACACCCUUAGAUGAUUUGAGAACAGAAAUUAUGACCCCUGGAAUCUGCCCUUUCUCUAAAUCAAAUAGUUCUAAUCCCAUCUGCCCUUCUUCUUAGGGUCUUCUCCCCAUCCUGCCCUUUCCUCCAGCCCAUGUUUCAAUCACUCUUGAGUAGUCCAACUGGGAAAUGUGAUUCAAAGCAGAAUAAAUCUAAGGGGGUAUGACCCUGAAAAAAUUGGGAAAAGUGAACUCAGAGGUCCCAAUCCUAACCUCCUUCUCCUGAGGGUGAAAGCUUAGUUUCUACUGAAGAGCAGAUGUGAAACUCCUUCUGGUGGAAACCACUUAAUUAAACACCCAAAGAAAACAAAAAACAAAAAACACGCCUCUGACACCAGCAACAAACUGACUGCAUCAGUUCAUGGUUCUAGCUUGUUUGGACACAGGCACAUGUUUGGUUUUUGACUGAAAUAAUGAUGUGGAGCUAGCAAUGAUUCCUGAAAAUCUUUCCUCCCAGCCUUGACCUGAAUCCCCAGCUUGACACUUCAGAAGUCAGUGGGGGAGGAGGGAGAGUCUCUCCCAAGUUUUCUCUCCAUUUUAAAUGCAGCUUAUUUUCCUAGGAAAGUGCAUUAACUAGCAACAGGUCCAAUGACUACAUAAAAGGACCCUUCAGGGUCAGCUCUGUGGAGAUGUUGCCUUCUUUGACACAGUGCAGAGGAUGGCGCUUUGGACUUGGAAUCAGGAGACUCAGACUCUGCCCAUAAAUCAAGUGUGACUCUGGACCAGUCAUUCCCCAUCACUGAGUCUUGAUUUCCCACUUAUAAAAUGAGGGAGGUGGGCUUCCCUGGUGGCGCAGUGGUUGAGAGUCCACCUGCCGAUGCAGGGGACACGGGUUCGUGCCCC